AAGCUUAUCCCAACGGUUUCGUGCUUAUUCAACGACGAUCGACAUCCCUUACCCAAAAGGCAUUGCGUCAGACAUAGCUGUGUUCCUUUAGCUAAUUAUAAAGCUAGCUAAUUAUCUAGUCUGUUAGCACGUGAAGUAUACUAACUAAUUAAAAGCACGUCAGAAAAUUUCGAAAGAUAUUAACGAAUCAGCGUGUAAAAAAACAGGUAAAAUUGAAAUAGCUGAUUUUUUUUUUUUUAAAGAAAAGAAUGAAUAAUAAGCAGCUUUUCUUGAUAUUUGUAAUGUCAGUGUGACGGUCUGCACCUGAGAUGCUGUCACUCAGUGGGUUCAUGUGUACAUUACCUCAUCAUUUGCAUUGCAAACCAUCCAAACUGCAGCAUGUCAAAUCUGCAUGGCCUCGGACGACUGAUCUCAUUAAACUCAUGCUCUAACAUUGUUUUGUUCGAUGGCAUCAUUGACUCUAAUUUUCAUAUAUAUCAGAAGUUCUUAGCCAGCUGAACAUCAAUAAAUUUUUUUUUUUUUUUUUUUUUUUGGUGAUAGGUUAGUUAACUAAGUUCACUCUUUAGCUAACUGCUAAGAACUUCAGAAAAACCUGACGAAAAACAUCAGAAAAGUUGGGUAAAAACUUCACAACAUUUAGUUAAGAACUUCAGAUGGACUUGCCGAAAAACCUCAGGAGAAUUUGGGUAAGAACUUCAGAACAACCUAGCUAAUAAUUUUUAGAAUUUGGCUAAGACCGUUACAAGAACUUGGCUAAGAACUUCAGAAAAACUUGACCAAAAACAUCAGAAUAUUUGGGUAAAAACUUCACAAAGCCUAGGUAAGAACUUCAGAUGGAAUUGCCUAAAACCUCAAAAGAAUUUGGGUAAGAACUUGAGGUAAAACUGGGAACCUCAGAAAAACAUGGCUAAGAAUUUUAGAAGAAUUUGGCUAAGACCUUUACAAGAACGUGGCUAAGAACAUCAGAAUAAUUUGGCUAAGAAUUUCAGAAAUAUUUAAAUAGGAACUACUGAAAAUCUUGGUUAAGAACAUCAAAAGAAUUUGGUGAGAACUUUAUAAGAACUUAGCUAUAUAUCAUUUUAUAAUUAGCUGAUCUAACUUAUCUGGUUCUUCUGUUCCUAAAAACGUAGGCUAUGAAGACUUUAGAAGAAUUUGGCUUUGACUAGAACUUCAGAGGAACUUGACUAGGUUUGUGGCCAAAUUAAGUAGCUUUAGAAGAACUUUUGUGGAAGAAGAACUUUAGUUUUAAGAACUCAAAAGAGAGAAAUGUACGGUAGUUAACAACUCUGCCAAUGAUCAGUCAGUAAUUAAAAUCACCCAUGACACAAGACUCGUGAUGCUCAUGAAACGUUUGAAAAAAAUUGUUCAGGAUUGUGCCUCAAAGGUUCAACACUAAUUCAAGAUGUUCUACCACAUUAGUUUAGUAGCCAUAAAAAGUACGACAUUUCUCAUUCAGAAGCGUAAUCACGAAGUCAUGCUUUUUCUCCCUUGCUUUUAGGUGGACACUGAAAUCUGGACCUAAUGGAGAAAUGAAUACACUUCCAGAAGACCUGGACUGUCGUUGAUGGACGGAUAAUUUGGUUGGAGCUUUACAGGAUUCCUGAAGCAGGUUUUUCACUGGAUACUCAUUGCAGAAUGAGAACUCCUCUGGUUUUAUUAGCAUGGCUUUCCCUGUGGGAAGAAGCAAAGUGCAUGCUGAGGACUACAGGGGAACUAAGCAGAGAAACAAGGAGCCAGAUGAGAGCGGACGGAGGGCCGGUAACGCUCAGACGCUCCAAACGAGGGUGGAUGUGGAAUCAGUUCUUCCUGUUGGAGGAGUACACAGGAAAUGAAGAUCAGUAUGUGGGAAAGCUGCACUCGGAUAAAGACCGAGAGGACGGGAAGGUGAAGUACGUCCUCUCGGGGGAGGGAGCCGGGACCGUAUUCGUCAUCAAUGAGGAUUCGGGCGAUCUCCACGCCACGAGACGGCUGGACCGUGAGGAGAAAGCGUCUUACACUCUGAGUGCGAAGGCGGUGGAUAAAGCGACAGGUCGAGACCUCGAGGGUCCGUCGACGUUCAUCGUCAAAAUCCACGACAUUAACGAUAACGAGCCAAAGUUCACCCGAGACCCAUACGUCGCCUCCGUACAGGAAAUGGCCGACGUCGGUACGUUCGUUGUCCAGGUAACAGCGACAGAUGCUGAUGACGUCAUGUACGGAAACAGUGCCAAGGUGGUGUACAGCAUUCUGCAGGGUCAGCCAUAUUUCUCUGUGGAGCCAGAGACAGGGAUCAUCAGGACGGCUCUGCCCAACAUGAAGCGUGAAAUCCGUGAACAUUACCAGGUGGUCAUUCAGGCUAAAGACAUGCUGGGACAGCUGGGUGGUUUGACCGGAACCACCAAGGUCAACAUCACGCUGGUCGAUGUCAACAACAACCCACCCCGAUUCACCCAUGGUGUGUACCACUUCAGUGUUCCCGAGUCGGCUGAGGUGGGUAGCGAAUUGGGCGUGGUCAAGGCUACAGAUGCCGACACGGGUAAGAACGCCGAGAUGAACUACAGAAUAACAGAUGAGCAGGACACCUUUCAAAUCACCACCGACCCCACUACCCAGGAAGGAGUGCUCAUUCUGAAGAAGCCCCUGGACUACGAGAGUGGGGCGUCGUACAUGCUCAGGUUGCAGGUGGAAAACGUGUACCUGGAUCCCCGCUUUCACACGUCCGGGGACUCCGCCACGGUGAAGAUCUCUGUGGAGGACGUUAACGAGCCGCCGGUCUUUAAGCGUCCUGCCUACGUGAUGGAGGUCAAAGAAGACGCCCAGAUCGGAACGAUUAUUGGCGCCGUUAGUGCUGUGGACCCAGACGCUAACCGUAAACCCGUCAGGUACAUGAUAGACUGGAACACGGAUAUGGAUCACGUGUUCAACGUCCAUCCCAGUAACGGCUCGCUCUUCAUCGCACGCUCUCUGGACAGAGAGGAGAAAGACUGGCACAACAUAUCAGUGCAGGCUGCUGAAUACAAUGGUCUGAUCGGUCACGUGCCCAUCUACAUCAAAGUUCUGGAUGUUAACGACAACGCACCGACGUUCGACACGGAAUACGAAACUUUCAUCUGCGACGACGCCAAAGUGGGUCAGACUGUCCAAACCGUCAGCGCGUCAGACGCCGACCGACCAAUCAGAGGCCAUCGGUUUUUUUUCCGUUUAGCGUCAGAGUCUUUUGAAAAAUCCAACUUCUCCGUUCGAGACAACAAAGAUAACACGGCCACGAUACUGACUCAGCGCGACGGCUACAGUCGCGUGGAGAGGAGUUUGUACCUGGUUCCCGUGGUGAUCGCAGACGGAGACUUCCCGGCACAGAGCAGCACAAAUACGCUAACGAUACGCGUGUGCUCCUGCGACCGUGGCGGAAACAAGAGGACAUGCGAGAUGGAGGCGUUCGCACUUAACGCUGGACUUAGCACGGGAGCGCUAGUCGCAAUUCUUCUCUGUAUCGUCAUUUUGCUAAUGAUCGUCGUCUUGUUCGCGGCUCUGAAGAGGCAGCGAGAGAAGCUCGAUCCUCUGAUCGUCUCCAAAGAGGACGUGAGGGACAACGUCGUGAGCUACGACGACGAAGGUGGCGGCGAAGAAGACACGCAAGCUUUCGACAUCGGAACUCUGCGAAAAGCCGAAUCGCUCGACGAUACCAAGCAGCGCAGAGACGUCGCGCCCGAGAUCCUGUGGCGCCCGGUGGUCAAAAUCCAAAACAAUUCCGAACCCAACAUCCGGGACUUCGUCUCCCAGAGGCUGUGCGAGAACGAUUCGGAUCCGGCGGCACCACCGUACGAUUCGCUGGCGACGUACGCGUACGAGGGGAACGGUUCGAACGCUGAGAGUCUCAGCUCUCUGGGAUCAGUCAGCAGCGACGCAUGGAGCGAUUACGAGUUCCUGAACGAGUUCGGUCCCAGAUUUAAGAGACUCGCGGAAAUGUACGGGGGAGGCGACAGCGACAGGGAAUCGUAACCAACCUCGGUGAAAAGCGGUGCAUGGAUUCGACCAAUCGGUUUGUCGCAACAAGCGGACGGCCAGGAUUUAAGAAACUGGCAGAAAUCUACAGCGCAGGUUUAGCAGGACAGAAUGGAGGUUAAGGAGGUAAAACUGACGGAUGAUGGAUGGAGUUCUUUUGUGAUAUAUUCUCCGAGAACCCCCCCCCCCAAAAAAAAAAAAAAAACGUUAACUAUAUAACUAACUGCCACAGGAAGUUGUACAUACUUCCUGUCUGGAAUGUACAGAAACUAAAAAAAAAAAAGUGGAAAAAGUCAGUUAACUCCUGUCGGGAAUAAAGGACACCAAAGACCAGAGGGCUACACAGAUACGGAAUCUUCUUGAGACUCUGAAAUUAUUUGAAAAAAAAUAAUUCAGUUGUUUCACAACAAAAGUGUCUGUUAUUAAUGACACGGUUAACAUCGAAGAAAAAAAAAAGAGGUGUGGAUCAAAAUUCAGAGCUUCAUUGGUGGGUCAGGAAGCGUGUACAUGUUUAAUGCAGGAAACCAUCGUUUAAAAAAAAAAGUAAGGAAAAUGUGUCUCAGGAGAAUGCUGUAAGCUAUGGUGAGCGUGAGGGGUAAGAAGACCAGGAAGCAAGGACCAAAUAAGGAAAGUGAGAAACAGCAAACAGGAACCAAACCACAUAAACAGGAAACUAUGACCAAAUAAGUAACAGGUUGGGUCGUCAGUCAUUAAGUCAACCUAUUAUUAAUUCACCUUGUAGUCAGAGAGUCAGUGUGUCACUCUAGCAGUGAGUCAGCUUGCUUGCAGUGUUUGAGUCAGUCCCUUUGAGACAUUCAGUCAUUUAGGGGUUUAUCAUUUAGGCGAGUCAGUCUGGGAUUCAAUCGGUCAUAGAAUUAGUCUGUAAUUGAGUCAGUGUGUGAGUAAAGGUGAAGCAGUCAGUGAGUCAGUAAGUGAUGGAUCAUCUGUCGGUAAUACUAUUCUGACAGUAAGUCAGUCCGUCACUGAGCCUCACAGUCCGUCAGCCAGUAACUCAGUAAACAGAGUCAGUGAGUCAGUCAUUGAAUCGGUCGUUCAGUCCUUUAAUCAGUGGGUAAGUCAGCAAGUAAGGCAGUUUGUAGUCAGAGAGUCAGCCAUUCAGUGAGUGAGUCAAUUGGUGAGUCAGUCAGUCAUUCGGUGAGUCAGUGAGUCAACUGGUGAGUCAGUCAGUCAUUUAGUGAAUCAAUUGGUGAGUCAGUUAUUCAGUGAGUGAGUCAACUGGUGAGUCAGUCAGUCAUUUAGUGAAUCAAUUGGUGAGUCAGUUAUUCAGUGAGUGAGUCAAAUUGGUCAGUCAUUAAAACUGUGUCAGUAAGUCAUUUAGUCAGUGUGUCAGUCAACAAAUAAGUCAGCUUGUAGUCGGAGAAUCAGUUGUCAAUCAUGAAUCAGUCAUAUUUAAACUGCACAGUCACUGUACUGUCAGAUACCCAUGCUACCCCCUGUUUUACCCCCUUGUGUUACCCCCUGCACACACAGGGCUGGUGUAUGGCCAUGUUGUGGGGUUUUUGGGAUAUACUACAUUUGGGCUGGGCGUUUGGCCAGAACCUUAUACUUAGUGCUAAUAAAACGCAGAUAAACGGCAAAAACAUAGAUGUACCAUGCAGCAAUCGCUAUCUAUCUUACUGUAUUGUACACUGUCAUAUUUUGUAUCAGAUAUUUAUACAACAUUAAAAUACACAGAGAUACAACAAAUAAAAAAAGUGUUUCCCAUGA